CAGGCCUGGGCAGAGACAGGGCCCCCCUGCCCCAUCUCUCCACCGUCCCAGGGGUGCCAAGAGUCAACUGCCUCAUUGCUGACCCUGUCCAGCUGGCCAUGGCCCUCAACCCCCAAGGCCCUUCCACCCACAGACCAUCUCACUGCUGAGAGAUCCAGGACCUGCUCCCACCUGGCCACCCUCCCCCUCCCCCCACAUCCAGGCCCCAGGGCUGGUGUGUGGCACCCCUGAGACCACAUUGACCUCCAUACUGUCUACUACCCAUAAGGACUCCAAGACUCCCAGGCCAGCUGUCUGGGCAGGACUGAUGCCUGAUCACCCACUAAUACCAAGUGCUCAUCUCCAAGAUUGUUAAACAAGGCCAGACACUCCUGGCCUCAAGAGGAUGGGACUGAAAAACAAAAAGAACACUGAAGACCCAGAGGAGCCCCUGAUCGCCUCCCAGAGCACGGAACCUGAGAUCUGUCACCUGUCUCCCUCUAGGAAGGAGACCAUCAUGGUCACCCUCCAUGGGGCUACCAACCUGCCUGCCUGCAAGGAUGGCUCCGAGCCGUGGCCCUAUGUGGUGGUGAAAAGCACAUCUGAGGAAAAGAACAAUCAGAGCUCCAAGGCAGUCACAUCUGUGACCUCAGAGCCCACCAGAGCCCCUAUCUGGGGGGACACGGUGAAUGUGGAGAUCCAAGCUGAGGAUGCAGGGCAAGAAGAUGUGAUCCUCAAGGUGGUGGACAACAGAAAGAAACAGGAGUUGUUGUCCUACAAAAUCCCCAUCAAGUACCUGCGUGUCUUCCACCCCUACCACUUUGAGCUGGUGAAGCCCACUGAGUCUGGGAAAGCCGAUGAAGCCACUGCCAAGACCCAGUUGUACGCAACAGUCGUUCGGAAGAGCAGCUUCAUCCCCCACUACAUCGGCUGCAACCACAUGGCUCUGGAGAUCUUUCUCCGGGGAGUCAACGAGCCCCUGGCCAACAACCCCAACCCCAUAGUGGUGAUUGCCCGGGUGGUUCCCAACUACAAGGAAUUUAAGGUCAGCCAGGCCAACAGGGACCUGGCCUCUGUGGGGCUGCCCAUCACCCCACUGUCUUUCCCUAUCCCGUCCGUGAUGAACUUUGACGUGCCUCGCGUCAGCCAGAACGGAUGCCCUCAGCUGUCCAAGCCUGGGGGACCCCCAGAGCAGCCCCUGUGGAAUCAGUCCUUCCUCUUCCAAGGCCGAGAUGGAGCUACCAACUUCUCAGAAGACACAGCCCUGGUGCUGGAGUACUACUCCUCAACUUCAAUGAAAGGCAGCCAGCCGUGGACCCUCAACCAGCCCCUGGGCAUCUCUGUGUUGCCACUAAAGAGCCGUUUGUACCAGAAGAUGCUGACAGGGAAAGGCUUGGACGGGCUUCACGUGGAGCGGCUCCCCAUCAUGGACACCAGCCUGAAAACUAUCAAUGAUGAGGCCCCCACAGUGGAUCUCUCCUUCCAGCUGCUUUCCUCUGAGAGACCAGAAAACUUCUUGACACCAAACAACAGCAAGGCUCUUCCUACCUUGGACCCCAAGAUCCUGGAUGAGAAGCUGAGAACCAUCCAAGAGUCCUGGUCCAAGGACACAGUGAGCUCCACAAUGGACUUGAGCACGUCCACUCCACGAGAAGCAGAGGAGGAACCUCUGGUGCCUGAGAUGUCCCGUGACACAGAGAUUAACAACUACCGGCGGGCCAUGCAGAAGAUGGCAGAGGACAUCCUGUCUCUGCGGAGACAGGCCAGCAUCCUGGAAGGAGAGAACCGCAUACUGAGGAGCCGCCUGGCCCAGCAGGAGGAGGAAGAGGGGCAGGGCAAAGCCAGUGAGGCCCAGAACGCGGUGUCCAUGAAGCAGAAACUGCUGCUGAGUGAGCUGGAUAUGAAGAAACUGAGGGACAGGGUGCAGCAUUUGCAGAAUGAGCUGAUUCGAAAGAAUGAUCGAGAGAAGGAGCUGCUCCUUCUGUAUCAGGCCCAGCAGCCACAGGCCGCUCUGCUGAAGCAGUACCAGGGCAAGCUGCAGAAGAUGAAGGCGCUGGAGGAGACUGUGCGGCACCAAGAGAAGGUGAUCGAGAAGAUGGAGCGGGUGCUGGAGGACAGACUGCAGGACAGGAGCAAGCCCCCUCCUCUGAACAGGCAGCAGGGAAAGCCCUACACGGGCUUCCCUGUGCUCUCAGCCUCUGGCCUUCCCUUGGGUUCUAUGGGAGAGAACCUGCCGGUUGAACUUUACUCGGUGCUGCUGGCAGAAAACGCAAAGCUGCGGACGGAGCUGGAUAAGAACCGCCACCAGCAGGCCCCCAUCAUUCUGCAGCAACAGGCCCUGCCGGUGGACCCCAGGGAGUUGGGAGCAGGAGGAGACUUGACAGAGAGGCUGCGAGAGACGCAUGGCCCAGGCCACUCAGAGUGCACAGAGACCCUGCCCGCACAGGAUCUCCUCUCUGGUACUUCAGACAAGUUCAACCUCCUGGCCAAGCUGGAACACGCUCAGAGCCGGAUCCUGUCCCUGGAAAGCCAGUUAGAGGACUCAGCUCGACGCUGGGGACGAGAGAAGCAGGAUCUGGCCACACGGCUGCAGGAGCAAGAAAAAGGUUUCAGGCACCCCUCGAACUCCAUCAUCAUAGAACAGCCUGUGAGUGACCCCCCUGGAGUAGCUCCCAGGGGUCCAGGUGGUGGAGCAGGAAGCCACCGCACCCCCAAAGUCACUGGGCCCUGAGAAAAGCCAUUGUGGAGCCAACUCCAGGGCUGGGGGUCAGGAGUCCUAGGCUCCCACUCCUGCUCCGUUACCAACUGAAGGCUCGGUCUUAAUUCCCCCACCUGUCUAAGGGGAACAGAAAACCCCUGCCAAGACUACCCUUUCCCCCACGGGGUGCUGUGAAACUCAAGGAGAUGACUGUGGAUGAGGGGGCCAUGCAGGCAUCUCCAGGAUGCCCUGACACUGAGUGUGCUUUAGGACUGGCUGCGCUCAUGGGCAGAGUAGCUUGUGGCCCCACCCCCCUGAAUCCAUAGAGCCUAAGAUUCUCAAAUUAGCACACCCUUCUCAGAUGGCCACGAUGUAGGCUCCACUUUGCCAACUUCCCGAGAACAAACAGGCCUGCUCACAACUGCCCCUCAAGUUCAACCCUGGGACCGCCCAGCCCCGCAAAGCAAAGACCCUGACUUCUCCUGCUCUUGAGCCAGCUGUGCUUUGCCCGUGGCCAGAAGCUCAGCAGCGGCUCCUGGGAAAGGCCUGGAAAGGAUGAGGGAACAGGCAAGGAACAAAGGCAACCUUUGCACACUCACCUGAGCCCUGGGGACUCUUGGAGAAAUUAGGUGUCACCUGCUGUGGCAAAAUGGGUUUAGAAAUCUUUGCGAGGUCAUGGCCCACUGGGUUCUGGAUACUCUGAGGCCUGGUUUGUCAGGCAAUAUGCCCUUGAGCAGGUCACCCCCUGGGAAUGGGGGGUACUCAUGCACCCCGCUUUGCAUACCACAGAGUGCCCUCACCCACUCCACGGACCUCAAGCAGCCCUCAGAGCUGGAGCCCCUGCUGCCCAGCUCAGACUCUAAGCUCAGCAAGCCCUCGAACCCCCAGAAGGAGACCGCUAACUCUCAGCAGACCUGAGCCCUGGAGCAGGCCUCCUUCCCUGUGUGCUGGGGAGUCUCAUCCCCGCCCCCUAAAAAUGACGUUAUUAAAUGUUGUAGCUCUGUGA